CAGGCAGCUGCACUCAUGGCGCCUCCCGGUGAGGAGACACCCCUGAUCCCUGCGCGCUCUUACAGCCUCUCGUCUUCCGAGGCUGGAGCCUUGCAUGUGCUGCUGCCCUCUCGGGGUCCUGGGCCCCCUCAGCGCCUAUCCUUUUCCUUUGGGGACCACUCGGCUGAAGAGCUGUGUGUUCGGGCUGCUAAGGCCAGUGGCAUCCUGCCCGUGUACCACUCCCUGUUUGCUCUGGCUCUGGAGGACCUGUCCUGCUGGUUCCCCCCGAGCCACAUCUUCUCCGUGGAGGACGAGGGCACCCAGGUCCUGGUCUACAGGCUCCGCUUUUACUUCCCCAACUGGUUUGGGCUAGAGACGUGUCACCGCUUCGGGCUUCGAAAGGACUUGGCCAGCGCCAUCCUUGACCUGCCAGUCCUGGAAUACCUGUUUGCUCAGCACCGCAAUGACCUGGUGAGUGGCCGCCUUCCGGUGGGCCUCAGCCUCAAGGAGCAGGGCGAAUGUCUCAGCCUGGCUGUGCUGGACUUGGCUCGGAUGGCCUGUGAGCAGGCCCAGCGGCCGGAGGAGCUGCUGAAGACCGUCAGCUACAAGACCUGCCUGCCCCCUGGCCUGCGCGACCUGAUCCAGGGCCUGAGCUUCGUUACCCGGAGGCGCAUCCGGAGGAGGGUGCGCCAGGCCCUGCUCCGCGUGGCCACCUGCCAGGCUGACAGACACUCACUCAUGGCCAAGUACAUCAUGGACCUGGAGAGACUGGACCUGGCUAGGGCCACGGAGACCUUCCUCGUGGGCCUCCCCGGGUCUGCUGGUGGUCAAGAUGCGAAGGGGCUGCUCCGCGUGGCUGGUGGUAGCGGCAUUGCCUGGAGUCCAGGAACACAGGAGGUCUUCCAGCCCUUCUGCGACUUCCCAGAAAUCGUGGACAUCAGCAUCAAGCAGGCCCCGCGCGCUGGCCCAGCUGGGGAGCAUCGCCUGGUCACCAUCACCAGGACAGACAACCAGAUCCUGGAGGCUGAGUUCCCGGGGCUGCCAGCCUCCUUGUCCUUCGUGGCGCUCGUGGACGGCUACUUCCGGCUGACCACGGACUCCCAGCACUACUUCUGCAAGGAGGUGGCGCCGCCGCGGCUGCUGGAGGAGCUGGCUCAGCAGUGCCACGGCCCCAUCACCCUGGAUUUUGCCAUCAACAAGCUCAAGACUGGAGGUUCCCUCCCUGGCUCCUACGUUCUCCGCCGCAGCCCCCAGGAUUUCGACAGCUUCCUCCUCACUGUGUGCGUCCAGACCCCGCUGGGCCCCAAUUACAAGGGCUGCCUCAUCCGGUGCGACCCCACCGGAACCUUCUCCCUGGCUGGCCUUGGCCGGCCCCAUAGCAGUCUCCGAGAGCUGCUGGCGGCCUGCUGGGAUGGUGGUCUGCACGUAGACGGGGUUGCUCUGAACCUCACCUCCUGCUGCACCCCUAGACCCAAAGAAAAGUCCAAUCUGAUCGUGGUCCGGAGAGGUUGCAGUCCACCCACAUCAUCCCCUGUUCAGCCCCACUCGGGAUGCCAGCUGAGUCAGAUGACAUUUCACAAGAUCGCCGCUGACAGCCUGGAGUGGUGUGAGAACCUGGGUCAUGGAUCCUUCACCAAGAUCUACCGGGGCUGUCGCCACGAGACUGUGGAUGGGGAGCCUCGGAAGACGGAGGUGCUGCUCAAAGUGCUGGAUGCUAAACAUAAGCACUGCAUGGAGUCAUUCCUGGAAGCAGCGAGUUUGAUGAGCCAAGUGUCGUAUCAGCAUCUCGUGUUGCUUCAUGGCGUGUGCAUGGCCGGAGACAGCAUCAUGGUGCAGGAAUUUGUCCACCUGGGAGCACUGGACACAUACCUUCGCAAGUGUGGCCAUUUGGUGCCAGCCAGCUGGAAGCUGCAGGUGAUCAAACAGCUGGCCUACGCUCUCAACUAUCUGGAGGACAAAGGCCUCCCGCAUGGCAAUGUCUCAGCCCGGAAGGUGCUCCUGGCUCGGGAGGGCACUGAUGGGAGCCCGCCCUUCAUCAAGCUGAGUGAUCCCGGAGUCAGUCCCACUGUGCUCAGCCUGGAGAUGCUCACUGACCGGAUCCCCUGGGUGGCCCCUGAGUGUCUCCAGGAGGCCCGGACACUUAGCUUGGAAGCUGACAAGUGGGGCUUCGGGGCCACAGUCUGGGAGGUGUUCAGCGGUGUCACAGUGCCCAUCAGUACCCUGGAGCCCGCCAAGAAGCUCCAGUUUUACGAGGAGCGGCAGCAGCUGCCUGCCCCUAAGUGGAUGGAGCUGGCCCUGCUGAUCCAGCAGUGCAUGGCCUAUGAGCCAGGCCACAGGCCCUCCUUUCGCGCCGUCAUCCGUGACCUGAACAACCUCAUUACGUCAGAUUAUGAGCUCCUUUCGGACCCCACGCCUGGUGCCCUGGCGCCCCAUGAUGGGCUGUGGAAUGGCGCCCAGCUCUAUGCCUGCCAGGACCCUACCAUCUUUGAGGAGAGACACCUCAAGUACAUUUCACAGCUAGGCAAGGGCAACUUUGGCAGCGUGGAGCUGUGCCGCUAUGACCCGCUGGGAGACAACACAGGUGCCCUGGUGGCUGUGAAGCAGCUGCAGCACAGCGGGCCGGACCAGCAGAAGGACUUCCAGCGGGAGAUCCAGAUCCUCAAAGCCCUGCACAGCGACUUCAUUGUCAAGUACCGCGGGGUCAGCUACGGCCCAGGCCGCCAGAGCCUGCGGCUGGUCAUGGAAUACCUGCCCAGUGGCUGUCUGCGAGACUUCCUGCAGCGGCACCGUGCGCGCCUUGACGCUGGCCGCCUGCUCCUCUACGCCUCACAGAUCUGCAAGGGCAUGGAGUACCUGGGCUCCCGCCGCUGUGUGCACCGCGACCUGGCAGCGCGGAACAUCCUGGUGGAGAGUGAGACGCACGUCAAGAUCGCUGACUUCGGCCUUGCCAAGCUGCUACCCCUGGACAAAGACUAUUACGUUGUCCGGGAACCGGGCCAAAGCCCCAUCUUCUGGUACGCCCCGGAGUCCCUCUCCGACAACAUCUUCUCGCGCCAGUCAGAUGUCUGGAGCUUUGGGGUUGUUCUGUACGAGCUGUUCACCUACAGCGACAAGAGCUGCAGCCCCUCCGCUGAGUUCCUGCGGAUGAUGGGAUGUGAGCGAGAUGUCCCGGCUCUCUGCCGCCUCCUGGACCUGCUGGCCGAGGGCCAGAGGCUGCCUGCGCCUCCAGCCUGCCCUGGUGAGGUUCAUGAGCUCAUGAAGCUGUGCUGGGCUCCUAGCCCACAAGACCGACCAUCCUUCAGCACCCUGGGCCCCCAGCUGGAGGCGCUGUGGAGUGGAAGUCGGGGGUAGCGUCCAGGAGCAUGAGAUGGACACCUUCCCUGCUUGUCUGGAGGGAGAACCUCACUCACUGUCGUUUUUAUACCUCCCGCACCUCUGGGUUCUUGUCGCAAUGGACGGGCCUCUCGAGUUUGGGCAGGGUGCUGCCACCUGCUUCACGGAGACCCCCAGGAGUCAAAUGACAUUGCGUUUGGGGGCGUCCCUGGCUUGUGGAGCAACGGCAGCUUCGUGGCCUUUGGAACUUGUAAAAAUUCAAGACAGACGGCUCUACGGGCCCGUUGAGCCCUGCUCCCAGAGGGGCGGGGCCACAUUUAAGCUCCUCCCACUUUCCCAUCCUCUCAGAGAAUGUCUUCCCUGACUAGUUUCCAGCAGGGACCUUGUGUAGCUUUAAAUACAUGAGCGCAGGCUUCUGCUCGCCCAUCCUGCUCUCACUGGAGGGAGCCAAGGACAAGAGCAGCUGCUCUGGUUGGAAAUUCACUUUUUGGAAGAGCAAGUGUGACUGGGACUAUGUGAAGGGCCAGGAGCUGCUGGGGUCCCAGUCUACCCUAACUGUACCCCAGGGCGUGUUUCCCCGCCUGUACACUGGGGCCUUUCUCUCUUGAUCAGAGGGUUACACAUUGACGACUCUGAAGCCUGACGGGAGCUUUUCAGCAGCUGAGGGAGGGAAAGGCAUUCUUGGCAGAGGGAACAUCAUGGUGACAGUGAGGAAGCUCAGAGUACAGAGUUUGUUGGAGCCACUUACUUGCUGUGUGACAGUGGGCAAGUUGCUUCCCCUCUCUGGGCCCCAGUUCCCAGUUGGCUCCUCAGCUGUGUAGAGUCAACUUAUGGAGGCUUGUGCAGGUUAAGCCCCACCAAACCUUCUCACCUGCCUGCAAGGCUUUCCUGCCACUUAGCCUCCCUGGAAAACUUGCAUUCAUCUCUCAAACCCCAGCUAUCAAUCACCCCCUGUGGCCUUCCUUGGUGUGCUCCCACCACACCCCACAAGGCCUGUGCUUCCUACUGACCAUAGGGCUGGGGUGCCGACUGUCCAGCUGUCUCUUCUGACCUGGAGGCU